UUGGGGAGGAGCCAAGCGAAAGUUCACGUGCAACAGAUCUACUCCUCUCUACACAUGCAAAAACUAAUGGGGAAAUUACUCUAGUUCUAGCUCGCUUUUAUGUGUCUAGCCUGAUUUAGUGUUCUAACCGCAAAGCAAGCUGCUGCCUACGGUGAAUGUGUGGACUAUGUCCAGGGGGCAUUUUUCUCAACGUGGAAUAUGACAUCCAGGAGAGUGACAUCCAAGGGAAACUAGAGUGAAGCUGAAGUCUCUCUCUCUCUCUCUCUCUGUCUAUCUCUUUCUGAGACUCUAGGAACGUCGGAAAGCUGAAACCAAAGGGGACAGCAUUGCAACCCCCCCACCCCACCCGCUCCACCCACCUCCCCCACUCCCUCCUCUCCUCCCCCAGGAGCACUCACAGCCUCCGGAUACUUUCGCUCCCGUCAGCUGUCCCGCUCAAUCCGAUCCCAGGAAGGCCUGCCACUGCCGAGCAGCAUGGACUCCAGUGCAGGAGAACUCAAUGUAACGGGCCAGACCCAGGUCACCAACACAGAUGGAUCGGAUAAUGGCUAUUUUGAUGCCAUCCUAGGAGCGGUCAUUGCCACGGUCGUGCUGGUCAUCCUGUGCGUGGCGGCGGUGCUGCUGCGGUACAUGUACCGGCACAAGGGCACGUACCACACUAACGAGGCCAAGGGCACCGAGUUUGCCGAGACAGCAGACGCGGCGCUCCGGGGCGACCCGGCGCUGCAGGACGCCAUGGACGAGAGCAAGAAAGAGUACUUCAUCUGACCCCGGGGGCCGGUCGGCCAGCGCACACGAGGCUGAAGGAUAUGUUCCCCGCCGCAAUAGAGACCUCUCUUUUAAAACGCGCAGAGCAAGAGAAUGGCUCUGUUCAACACCACGUGACCCUUCUGUUCAGGAGUCAGAAGUUUGACCAGACUGAAGUGUAGAAAAAAAAGAAAAAGAAACACGCCAAAAUGAUCCAAUGGGAUUUUUUUUUGUCCACUCACAGAAAGCCCAAUCUGUUUUUUUUUUGUUUUGUUUUGUUUUUUUGCUGUGAAAAGGACAUGAAGUUAAUGAUGCGAGAAGUGUAGACCAAAGAGAUAAUGCCUUGUAGAGAGACAUUAAUUACAAUGUCCAGUGUUUUGUGGAUGCACAUUACUCAUGAGGUCCUGUAGCGAGGGAGAGAGAGAGAAAGAGAGAGAGAAUGUUUUCUACCAAACAGACGCCGGCCACAGCGAGCAUGACAAUAGCAUGGAAGUACUCCCAGAGAAGCAAUGUUGGGUAGAAUUGGAUGUGGCAGGAUGUUGUAUUGGAAUCUAAGUGAGAGGUGUUGAGAAUAUCAAAUGCUCAGCCAACACAUCUGGGGCGUUCUGAAAAUAUAACCUAUAUGGCCACAAACUCUUCAAGCACUAACUCUUUUCACUAACACUUACAGUAGGUAACAGAUUAAAACUUGUGGAUUUAUGUUGUUAGUUUUGUGACUUCUCCAACUAAAGCCAAAUAUUUGUAAUACAAUUUGAGCAGUGAGAGAGAAUUUGAUUUCAAUUUCUUCACCUGAGCAGAGUAAGGGACACAUUUAAAUGUUCUAACGUUCAGUAAUUGCUAUAUUUGCAAAUGUAGUGUAACAUAUUCAAUACACAUACAAUAAUUUGGCAUAUCAGUAAUAACCUACAAUAUCAAUUGAUGACAUAUCGUUAAGUCCAAAGUAUAUGAAAGUAGGAAGACUGUGGUCCCGAUAUUGGUCCUAACUUAAUUUGCCUCCUUUAAAGGUGACAAUGCAGGAAUAUAAAUGGAUGUAUCUGCGAGUCAUCAGUUGCCGGAGGCAUCAAGCAACAGCAAUUAUAUGAAGUGUUUUGGAAAUGAACACGGGAGGGAUUUAUGUGUAAUUAAUUGUUUUUCAUUACGCUGGCUGUUUUGUUUGCUUCCACACAAAGGUGUUGGUUUUCAUAGAAAGUCAGUUUCUGAAACCUGAUCUUGUGUUUGUAUUAAGUGUUUAUAUUGUAAUCAAAUUGCAAUCUGCUAUCUGCUUUCUCUUUCGGUAAAACCAAAACUGUUUGGGGAAAACAAGAGAUGGAGUAGGCUUGCAUUUAUUGAAUGUUGUGACUGUUGAACAAAAUACUGCUAAGCUCAAGAAAAAUAACCCAAAAUAAAUAACCAUAGCCUAAAUAACCACCUGGAAUGACAUGGCAU